AUGCCUAUGUUUCAAUUCCCUACAUUAACAAAAACCGGAUCUAUGGUGGUGAAUCUGGUGAACCGGCUUCCUACGGUAUCCACGCCGAAUACGCCGAAUGCCACGCCGAAUGCCACGCCGAAUGCCACCCCUAAUACCGACCCUAAUAUCACCCCUAAUAUCACCCCUAAUAUCACCCCUAAUAUCGGCCCUAAUAUCAACCCGAAUACCACGCCGAAUAUCAACCCCCCGAAUGCCACGCCGAAUGCCACCCCUAAUCAAAUCUCUAUCGCACAGCCGUUCCUCUAUUCAAAGAACUACGUCAACAGGGGUAUGGAGCAUGUGGAACCACUCAUCCAAACCAGGUUCCAGCAGUACUAG